AUGUCCAGAGGCACACUGUCCGAUCAUCUGAUCGGCGAAAAGAGUUUUAUUGAUAUUCGUCACAACGCCAUCGAGGGUGAGGCGGCAGCCCUGCUCUACCCUGCUGAUGACGACAGACAGCCGUUGCGCUGUGCACUGACCAUCUCCAACUAUCGCGUUGUGAUUCGUCCCGAGGGGGGCGACAGGGUUGCGGAGGCGCUGGGGUUCUCGCUGCCGCUCCUCUCGAUUGCGUCGUGGAGUGUGCAGCGCAAGCCAAUGAGUGCGUUGCCGCGUGCCGUAUUUCAGUGGGGGUGGGGGCAGGCGGCCACUGAUCACGACACGGCAACGUGCUCGCCAGACGAAAAGACGCCCCCGCCACUUGCCCAAAGUAACUUCCCGUCAGCCGGGUACACGCUGAGGAUCGUCUCAAAGCAUCUUUGGGAGGUGGAGGUUUUACUGCAGGGAGAGCGUCUGGCCACUACUGUGCGGGGCCUCUGGCAAAAAUUAAAUGCCCCGCAACUGAGGUCCAUGCCGGCGUUUGUGCUUUACAGGAAUCGCCACUUCGCACGUUACGAAAACGUCGCUGCGGAUGAUGUUGAGAAUACUGAAGAAACCCGUCGGGCGGAGGAGAGGGGGGAUGGUAGUCGCAGCAUCGACAGGGUUUGUGAGGGUGGCGGUGUCGUGGAGGAUGGAGUUGAGAAUCUCAUGGACAGCAUCGAGUUUGGCUGGAAUUUGUACGAUGCGGAGCGAGAGCUUGAGAGGCAGCUCUCGCUGCUUCCCGGCACGGCGGUGCCAAGCCCGAGUGAUACUUCCCGCGCUGGCACCAUGCGCGACCUGCGGCCGUGGUUUCGCUUGACUUGCGUCAAGCAGCCAAGCAACGGCUACGGCAAGUCGCCGACGUACCCGUUUCGUGUGGUGGUUCCCAACGCCGCCAGCGACGAGCUGUUGGAAACUGCAAUGACCACCCGCUCCCGCGCACGGUUUCCCGUCGUGUCGUUUGUGCACCUGGGAAGCGGCGCCGUGCUUGCACGCGCCUCGCAGCCCUUAAUGAGGUCCCCAGCGCUGCUUCAGGACGGUGAGUUAUGCCGUAUGUUUACAAACAGCGGCUAUCAUGCCCACAACGCCGAACCCCGCAGUGAGGUGUCUGUGUCUGUGUCGGUUGCUCCGCUCAGCAGCAGGCCGAUGCCGCCGCCCUCACUCUUCGACACGUCGUUGGAUGAGCCUCAGGCGAUGCGUCUGCCCCCAGGCGUGCAGAAGGACACAACUGCAGCGGCCACGCGAUCUCAACGAACUCUCUUCGUCUUUGACUGCCGACCCUCCAACGCGGCCCAUGCAAAUCUUGCCAUGGGCGGGGGCUACGAGGGCGGUGCCACCCACGACUUCUGCGAAGUCAAGUUCCACGGCAUUGAAAACAUUCACAAUGUCUCAAAGUCUUUUGCAAAGUUAAAGACCCUCAUUCAUCGGUACAAUGGAAAGCAGGCUAGGGAGGAUUUUCUUCUGCAGCUUGACGGGACGCGGUGGCUGGAUUAUGUCCAACGUGUUUUGAUCUGCUCUAACAAGAUUGCCGAGUCUCUCGACCUCGGUAACUCCUGCCUUGUGCACUGCACCGAUGGGUGGGAUCGCACCCCGCAGUGCACCGCCACCGCCAUGUUGCUGCUGGACCCUUUUUAUCGCACCAUUAUCGGGUUUUGUGUGCUGGUGGAAAAGGAGUUUUGCUCGUUUGGGCACAAGUUUGCAGAGCGGUGUGAUCAUCAGGUGUUGGGGGAGACCAGCUACGCCUCCGACGCGGGGGUUACUGGGUCCGACACGGACGCGCAGCAAUCAGCCGCAAAGUUGCAGCCCUCACCCAUCUUUGUGCAAUGGAUGGACGUGGUGUUUCAGGUGGUGCGGCAGUUUCCACGGCAGUUUGAGUUUACCACACGACUGCUGGAGUACCUUAGCGAGGAGGUGUACGCCUGCCUCUACGGGACGUUUCUUUGCAACGGGGAGAAGGAACGCAUGUUUGAGGGGGUGCGUCUGGGCACGGCCUCCAUCUGGACACACGUGGUGCGUGCCGCGGCGAGGGAACGCGCAGGGAAAUCACCGCUCUACUUCGUCAACGACGCCUACGACUCUGCGACAGCCUGGCAGUACAUCUCAAAGAAACGGGGAAGUGGUAUUCAGCGGCUUUCACCCAACUGCAGCAGCAAACGUCUUGUAUUUUGGGAGUCCUUUUACCUGCGGCACGAUGGGGACAACUGUUCUAUAGAGCUUUGCGAUGGGACACAGAAAGUGACGAAAAAAUUGAUGUUUCACAAAGCGUGGGAAGAAUACUUCGAUGAAUUUCUGCGGGACUCGUGUGUGGAACGUAGAGAGGAGGUGUCAGACAUGCGGCGACGGUUGCAAAACCUUUGUGUUGGGCGUUCAACGGCUACCGCUGCGAGCACCGCGUCCGGGAAGGGUAACUCUAAGAUGUGCAGUCAGUGUCACAAGACGCUUGGAUUCUUUUCCUUGCGGGAGCAGUGCGUUAGAUGCGGCUCCACCCUGUGUAGCAGUUGUGCAAACUCCGGCCCUGGCAGCUUCAAGCUGUGCCUGGACUGUUACAAGCUGUGUGAAUGGGAUAGUCAGUAG